CGAACCACUUCAUUCAGAAGCCACUAAUUGUAUUCAAAUUCCGACAACACUACUGUGCCGCGCUGACGCCUUCACGACUGUCUACUCAUGAUUUAUUAACGUUACAUGACGUUCUCUCAAAAUGAAGUACUCCGGUGCAUUCCUGGCAGUGGUGGGUGUCUGCACAGUUGUGAUAUGUGCAGUUUUACUCCUGGACAGAGAGACCAGGGAGCAAGGUGUAAACACUGUCUUCACGUCAUGGCAGUCCAACACUGAUGAACAUGCCAGACUUGUGGAGCAUGAAGACGAGACUGGAUCACAAGACCCACAACCGGACCGCUCCGGUGAUGACAACGGGAAGAAAGUCGACACAGGCGUCUGGCCCUACUUUGGAGCUGACUUGCCACCUGACAGGCCAAAGCUACAAACGUGUACUGAGCCGGUAAAACACCUUGUCUUCAUCAAGACUCACAAGACAGGCUCCACCACAGUCUGUGUCAUGCUGUACAGGUUCGGCGUCACCAACAACCUUAACAUCGUGCUUCCCAGCAUCCCCGUCAACGUAGGCUGGCCGUUUCCUCUUCGUACUGAAGACUACAUCCCCCCGAAGGAUGCCUCGAGGCACUUCGAUCUGCUUGUCGAUCACACAGUCUACCACAGGCGCAUCAUGGAAAACCUGAUGCCGGCUGACUCAGCUUACAUCGCGAUGCUCCGACACCCCUUACAUCACAUCAAGUCCGUCUUCAACUUUUAUAACAUCCCGAAGCAACUCAACAUGAAAGCCUUUAAAAACCCUCUGGAAGAAUUUCUCAAAAACCCCAUCAAAUACCAGAAGCCUAGACAGAAAGACUAUAAGCAUAAACCUUUCUCGUUUACGCGUAACUUCAUGGCAUUUGAUUUAGGGUUUCCGCCUGGGUUGGCCGAAGACAUGAACGCAGCACAAGCCUAUGUAGAACGGUUGGAUAGGGAAUUCGACUUGGUCAUCAUACUGGAGUACCUCGACGAGUCGCUAGUCCUCCUGAAACGCACCCUGUGUUGGACCAUCAAAGACAUUUUGUACAACGUCUUCAACGAAGCUCCCAUGUACAGAUACGAAAUGGAUCUGACACCAGAGAUGGACUCGAACUACAGAAAAUGGAGUAAGGUAGACUACCUACUGUACGAGCAUUUUAACACUUCUCUUCGAAAUCGUAUAUCGGAACUAGGGGGCGAUUUUCCUCAAGAAGUAGCACAUUUUGUUACAGUUAAGAAUCGGGUGAAGACUUUUUGUGAGGGCAAUGAUGAACAGAUGGUCAUCCCAGCAUCGAAGUGGGACAAGGAGUUUUCUGUAAACCGGAAGUUUUGUUUCAUGCUGAAGUCAACCAGAAUGUCAUACUAUAAAUACUUAGUGAAAGGUCAAGUCAGCAAAGAACUCUUAUCAAAGGCAUCUGGCAGAGGAGAAAAUAAGAAGACACAAAGAAAAAAGAAAGACGCACAACUUAUGUCUAAUCGAGCAACAAAACAAGGUUAAACAGAUAAAGAUCAUGAAAGAAUGUAUAUAGAAAAUAUUUUCAUAAUGGUUGCAAUCUUCUCUUUGUGUCAGAGUUUCUUAAAUAUUGGAGAUGUAUUCUUGAAAGCCGAGAAUUCUGACCAUGAUAUAGACGUAACGUAGAGUUGAAAAAAAGAUCAAUAAUGCUGAACAUGCGUUUUAUCUUAAGUCUGUCACAGUUUUUACAUUUAAGCCACUGAAGAUUUUAUGGGUGGCAUUGAUUUUCGCCUGAUUUCGGGGAAAAUGGUCAACGUGACGAGGAAAUACCCAAAAUUUGAAAACGUGUGUCAAAAUUUGAAGAAGUGACACAAUUGAGAUACAAUGCAGAAGUUUAUUUGCAAGUUCGUGCCCGAGGGCUAAUUGCAAGUACAUGGUAUAAAUAUAGUGACAAUGGACAAUCAUGAAAAACAUUCUACUCUAAUACUAGUGUUGGCUAUUUCUAAACAGGUUGGGUUUGACUUCAUAUAGCAUGGGUACCAUACGGGUAGCAGUUCGGUCCUAUGUUCGCAUUUGCUACCCAACAUUGCAACAAUGCCAAAAGCAUAGAUUUAUUGUCUGAAUAUGUUUAUUGAUAUAAAAGAUUCAGUUUUGUUCUGUUAAUGAUCUGAUAAUGUCUUAUCGUUGCGCAGAUUGUACAAUGCAUCUGGCUAUUCUGAGCCUCAGUUAAUGUCUUAAAAUCUGUUACAUUUCUAUUAUCAUUGCCUUCGCCAAGAAGGCUAAUGCAAACGGUUGAGUCAGGGCUUGUUGAGUCUGUAUGUACACAUGUCAACAGCAUAUGAUUCGAGAAGUUGUGAAUGGAUCUUGGUGAUACUUUGUAAGUGUGUAACAGUUGUGGAAAGGUAGUUCGAAAAUGGUUUACCUGGCGUUUUCCUGCGUUUCUGCAGCGGGUUUUGCAUUGUGUGUCUGCGAACAAUAUAACGUCAAAGACCCCCCUCUGUCUGAAUAGGGUUAACUUUUUUAUGCUAGUUCAACAGUUUAAAAAAUGAAGAGACAAUGAGCCAUUGAAACUUUGGGGGUUGCAUACAGUAUUCAAAACAACAACAUACUCGUAUUACUAAUCGUCAAGUGUACAUGUCUACUACACUAACAUGCCUACUAUAUUUACUCAAGUUACUUGAGUCAAGUAUUAUGUUUUUCCCUGGUAAUCUAUUGAUUUAUUGUAAUAAUUCAUUAAAACAAGGAUUUAAUUCA